AUGUACUUUUUCCCCGGGAGUGGCAUCUACUGUUUGCAGGGCUGGAAUCCGGACUGGCAUCCCCUGUUAGGGGGAGGAUCUGGGUAGAAGGCCCUGUUUUGGACACCAUCUUCUGCCCAGUCCCUUGUCCGACUCCUUGACGCUCCUGAGACUGUGGUUGUCGUGAGGUUAGACAACUGAGGCCUAAAAGCCUGAUGGUCUACAAUUAACCCUGUGGUGUCCUCCGCAAGCAUUUACCUCUGGGAUUCUGACGGAAGAGAGAGAGAGAGAAGAUGGAUACAGAGCAGGAGAAUCAGCCAGGCUUCCACGUCCGGGCUGUGCUCAAACAGUGGGUAUCCCCAGGAAUGAAAAUGGAGGAGCAAGGCUCAGGAGGCCUCAUGCCAAAGGAGGACUUAGCAGGAGAAGGGAAAUCCACUCAUGUCCUCCAAGCUGGUGGUAUUGGGGAAUUCAUGUACAAGACACCAGGAGAACAAGUUAAACAGGAACCGGAUGAGGGGCUACUUCAACACUGGGAUGCUCAGUGGCAGGAGUUCCUGAAGUCGGUGGAGUCUCCUCACUUGGGCUGGGGGGCCCCACAGUUGCCGGAGGAGCCCACGCCGUGGGAUGACACCAAGGCCUUCCUGGCCUCCUUCGAGCAAGUGGCUGAGGCCUGCCGCUGGCCCAAGGAAGAGUGGGCGGCCCAGCUCCUGCCAGCCCUCAGCGGAGAAGCCGAGCAGGCCUUCCACAGGCUGGAGGCCGGAGACAGAGAGGAUUAUGGGAAGGUGAAGGCAGCCAUCUUGCGACAGGACGCCCUGGCCAGGGAGAGGUGGUGUCACCACUUCCGGCAUUUCUGCUACCAGGAGGCCGAAGGGCCCAGGGGAGCCUACAGCCGACUCCGGGAAGUUUGCCACCGGUGGCUAAAAGUGAAAAGACACACCAAGGAGCAGAUUUUGGAGCUCCUGAUCCUGGAGCAAUUCCUGAGCGUCCUGCCGCCGGAGGUCCAGAGCCGGGUGAGGGACGUUGGUCCCGAGACCUGCUCCCAAGCAGUGGCCCUUGCUGAGGAUUUCCUGCAGAUGCAGCAAGAGGCCAGGAAGAGGCAGGAUAAACAGACGCCAGUGUCGUUUGGGGAGGCGUUGUUUGAGGAAGGCGCCUCUGAAUCGGCCCAGGCUCUGACCGACACGGGGCAGAGGCAGCAGUACAAGGAGGCCAAGCCAGAAGCCAACCCCGGAGAGGUGAGCUCACAAGAUCCCAUGCAAGCGAGCGAGUGUGAAGAGCCAAACAGCCCGCCUGCGAGGCUUGAGCUAGCGGAACCAUCUCAAAGAGGAGCGCUCGAAAGCUUUUUCAAACCCCACAAAGAGGGGGAAGGCUUUGAGGAUCAAAGCGAACUCUCGAUGCAGGGAGGGAGCCACCCCAAAAACAGAGCAGGGGAGCUUCUUCCUUGCGGGACAGGUGAGAAGUCUCUGGAGGGAGAUUCUCUGCUGCAGCUGCCGCAAGGGAUACCCGGCGGAUCUGGAGAAAGCUUGGAGCACGGUUCGGGCCUUGUAAAAUACGAACAGGUUGAAAUCCUGGAGUUCCCAUAUCCCUGCGAGGAGGGGAAAACCUUCGCCGGCAAGGAGCAUCUCCUGGGCCAUCCGCGGAUCCACGCCGGGGGGAAACCGUACCAGUGCUCUUAUUGCGGGAAGACCUUCAGCCGCCGGUCGCACCUGGUGACGCAUGAGCGGACCCACACAGGGGAGAAGCCAUACGAGUGCUCGUACUGCGGAAAGACUUUCAUCCAGAGCUCGCACCUCAUCCUCCACGAGCGGACGCACACUGGCGAGAAGCCGUACCGGUGCUGCGCCUGCGGGAAGAGUUUCAGCAGCACUUCGAACCUUCUGGCGCACGGCCGGACCCACACGGGGGAGAAGCCCUACAAGUGCGCCGUGUGCGAGAAGGGCUUCAUUAGCAAUAAAUCAAGUCUUAAUGUUCAUUGGAAAAUCCAUACAGGUGAAAAACCAUUUCAGUGCUUGGAGUGUGGAAAGAGCUUUUGUCAGAAGGAAAAACUGAUUAGGCAUGAAAGAAUCCAUACAGGGGAGAAGCCAUAUAGUUGCUUGGAGUGUGGAAAGUGUUUCAUUCAGAAGAUAGACCUUACUUCCCAUCAAAGAAUCCAUACAGGGGAGAAACCGUACAAGUGCUUGGUGUGCGGGAAAAGUUUCAGGCAGAGUGCACACCUUAUUUCACAUCAAAAAAUCCACACCGGGGAGAAGCCAUAUCAGUGCUCAGAAUGCGGAAAGAACUUCAGUUUUAGCCACAGCCUUACAUUACAUCAGAGAACUCACACAGGUGAGAAGCCCUAUGAAUGUCUAGAGUGUGGGAAGAGCUUCCGGCAAACGGCAAACCUUAGUUCACAUCAAAGAAUUCACACAGGGGAAAAACCGUAUGAAUGCUCGGAGUGUGGAAAGAACUUUAGUCGGAAUUCUCACCUCAUCAGACAUCGGAGAAUGCACACCGGCGAGAAACCAUAUGAAUGCUUGGAGUGUGGAAAGAGCUUCAUUCGGAGUACACACCUCACUUCACAUCAAAGGAUUCACACGGGGGAGAAACCAUACAAAUGCUGGGAGUGUGGGAGGAGCUUCCGUAAAGACUCAAACCUUACUUCACAUCAAAAAAUCCAUGCGAGGGAGAAACAAUAUGAAUGGUUGGACUGUAGCGUGAGAUUUUGUGAUAAUGGAGUACUUGAAAAUAAUCAGAGAAGUCCCAGAUGAGACAGACCUUAAACGCUUGGA